AUUUCAUCGAGUUAUUAUCAAUCCCCUCCUACGUUUAUUCACAUCAUCUUUAUUGAUACUAUCCUUCCAUUCCAUCAUCAUGAAGUCCCUGAUGCCACUUAUAGCCAGCUUGCUGUUCACAAGCACAACGGCUUUCCGCCCUAGCCAGCCAGUCACUGGCCAUCUCGAGGGAGGUCUCAAGCAUCGCUCGUCAGACCGUCGACAAGAGACCGGGAAGAAAGGCCUAACAAGAGUACCGUUGGAAGUUGACUCGAGGAAUAACGGAAAAACCGAACUCCAAUGGAUGGCAACCAUCACGGUCGGCACCCCUCCUCAGACGUUCAAAGUCGUUGUAGACACUGGAUUAACUGCUCUUGUCCUUCCUCGUAACAACUGCACCAACUGCGGCAAACACUCGCUCUUUAACCCAUCCAAAUCCACAUCAUUUUUGCCCCAACCUGCACUUUUUCGUCCUAUUGAGUACGGCACUGGUGCAGACACUAUCCCACUCAAUCAAACCGGCCGAGCAGAAUGCGAAGUCGUCACCGACACUGUUUCGAUACAGGGUCUUUCUGCCCCCAAACAGGAGUUCUUGCUUUGUCAUAGCUACGGCGAGACUCUGUCUUCCCAACUUGCCGACGGAAUCCUCGGCAUUGGUCCUGCUGACAUCUCGACUUGGGACGAAAGCGGGAACUAUACCUAUCUCCCCUUUCUCCCCAACCUCGUUAGUGAGGGGCAGCUUUCAAACAGGAUUGUUGGUCUUGCCCUCGGGUAUGGUGGCCAGAACCAGCAACAGCGCGGUCCUGAAGCCUCCAUCGGCGGCGUCGACGAUGCGCGCUAUCAUGGCCGUAUCAAGAACGUCAGUGUCGAUGAAAUGCUCACCACUCUCUCGGGUGUGUUUACACUAGAUGUACAAGCUGCCUACGUCGGCUCCGGAAAUAACAAGCGAGUAUGGCCCAACUCAACCAACGGCAACAAGCCACUCGUGCCGGGGGUUGCUUACAUCGACUCAGGAACCGCCUACAUGCUGGCUCCUGACCAACAAGCAGCCGAGAAUCUCUACUCGGGCAUUUCCAAGGACAUCGUCCCCCUCAAUGAUAGGGGAUCAUGGGGUGCGAGUUGUGCUACGCUGGAUGAAGUGGCGACGGACAUCACGUUCACUAUCGGGACGAAGACCAGAGGCGAGGUGAUUGAAGUGACUAUACCGAAGAGUGCAUUCAACCUGGGUGAGUAUCCUGGCAGAAAGGGGGUCUGUCAGGCGGCGUUUUCUCAUUGGGAUCCUCCCUUGGUUGAGCCCAUUGAGGGCCGUCGGGUGUGGUUGUUUGGAAGCCCUUUAAUCAAGGCUUAUUACACGGGUUGGAAUGCUAAGAGUAGCACGCUUGGUUGGGCUGAGAAAGUUUAGAACUGAGGCAUGUGGCUAGGCACCAUGAACAAAGGAAGGGUUGAGGCGCGCUGAGUGAUGGUUAUGAGGUUGUAGUAUGUCUGCAGUUUUACCCUAAUCAAGAGAACCGUACUUGUACACCGAAGGGGAAAUUCCCGAGUCCAUUUCGCAUGGUCAGUCACAUUUAUGUUUUAGUCGGAUAUGUGGCACAUGGCCACGCCCUCGGUUGCUUUUUUCUCGCUCUCCCCUUCCUCUGUCUCAAUAGUGUUAACUCGAAAAGGCGGCUGAUGCCAAUUAUUAUGC